AUGGAAUUCGACGGUGCAGAGGCAGAGGAGGUUCCUGUCGAGGACAUUGAACAGGAAGCUGCGGCAGAAGAGCAACAUGGCAUGGAAGAAAUAGCCGAAGACUAUCCAAUGGAUGCCAACUUGCGCAGGCAACUGGGGGAUAUUACAGAGAAGUACAGCAGCCUGGAAGCAAGACACAACGAGCUGCGAGAUGUGGGCAUUAAAGAAGCAGAGCGCAGCUACGCGCGCCUUAAAAAGCUGGCUGCGGAGAAUACUGCGACCGCGGACAAGCUCAUUGCUGAGCUCAAGGCGGAGCUGGCGGCGCAGACCGCGUUGGCCAAGAAAGCUGAGGCUGCAGAGGCUAAGAUUCCUGCGCUCCAAACCAAGGUCGCUGAGCUUUCUACCAGCCUGACAGAUGCGAGGUCUGAAAUCAAGACCCUCAAUACCAAGUUGACGGCGGCGCGGAACACAGAGGCCAACAUCAAAGCACCGGGCAGUGCACUGAAGCCCAACGCGGCGGGCAACAGGGGCGUCUCCUCCGAGGUGGUGCAGGCCGCCCAGGCUAAAGAAGACCUAUAUGGUGAUCUGACAGGCCUGAUCAUCCGGGGCAUGAAGCAUGUGGACGAUGAAGAGGUGUUCGACUGCCUCCAGACAGGACGCAACGGCACACUGCACUUUAAAUUGGCUCUCAGCUCGCCAGAUGCGGCGGACAAUUACGACGACGUGCAGUACACAUAUCUUCCGCAGCUCAACCCCGAUCGUGACAGCGAGCUCAUGGCCGUGCUGCCUGAUUUCCUCGUGGAGGAGAUUACGUUUCCGCGCCCGCAUGCGUCCAAGUUCUACACGCGCGUCAUCAAGUCUUUGACAGAGCGUGUCGAAUGA